GUUACAACUCAUUCAAAUGAGUUAGAAGCAUCAUCUUCAGGAACAAAAGCAAUUACUGAAGAAAAAGAAGAUGAGGAGUUAGAAAUGGCAAUACAAUUAGCAAUUAUAAACUCGUUGGAAAACAAUGAUUCAAAGAAUGAAUCCAACAAAGAAGAAAAAGAUGAUGAACAAGUUCAUUAUGAUAAUGAAAAGGAACAGGAAGAAGACCUCGUGGAAACUGAAAAUGAUGAAACAGAUGAUGAAGAAGUUGGUGAUGAGGAAAAGAAUGAUAACAGUGACAGAGAAAUACCAAGAAUAGGUGGGAGAAUGUUAAGAAACCAACUGGUUGCCCAAUGGAGAAAAAGGAUUCCAGGGAGGAGGAUGAUAAUGCAGAAGAUGAUGAAAAUCAGAACACUGACGAUGAUGAAAAUCAAAACGCAGAAACUGAUGAAGAAGAGAACGAUGAGAAUAAAUCUACAAACCUCAAAUCAACUUCAAGAACAUGUGCAGGAAGUAAUCGAAGAAGAUGAGAACAUUAACAAUGAUGAAAUUGUUGCAUCUCCUCCGAAAAGAAUGAAGAGAAAAAGCGUCGCACCAAAGACAAAAGUGCAAUCAGUGACCAUUGAGAAACAAGAUGAAGAUCCGGUGGAAAAAGACGAUGAAGAAACAGAUGAUGAUAUACUAAUUAGUCAGUUCAGAGUGGCAAGGACACAACCACCAAGAAAAAGAACAAAAAAGAAAGAGAAAAAGGAUGAAAAAUAUGUUGAAAAAAGAGGAAAGGGAGUGGUACAGAAAAAGGCAGCAAAGGCCUUGGGAACAAGAACCCCAACAAGAAGAAGCUUAAGACCCCGUAAAACAGUGAAGAAAGAAGAAUCUGACAUCAGUGAAGAAGAUGAAGAAGAUGAUGAAAAUUAUGAGGCAGAUGAAGAAGAAGUAGAAGAAGAAGAGGCGGAAGAGGAGGAAAAGCCAUUCAACAAGAGAAAGAGACAACAAUUAGAGAUUGUGACAAGAGCAGAAAAAAACAAAGGAAAAUUAAGGAAAAUCGAAGAGGAUGAUGAUGAUUAUCUGGAGAUAUUGGAGGUUGAUGAGGAUACAAAGCCGAUUGUUCCAAAGCAAAAGAAAAAGGUGGUGUUGUAUCAGAAGAUUCCCCCAGCGCAAUUGAUAGAACUUAUCAAGAUAAUGCCUGACGAGCACAAGGAAGCUGUCAGGAAAAUUGGAUUUGGGGGAUUUCUGAGUCUGAGCAUGGCAAAUCCCAAUUCAGCGUUGGCAGAUUACAUAGUGUCAAGCUCAAAUGUAGAUCGACAGUCAAUAGUUCUGCCUGGAAGUGGUGAAAUUUUUGUCACACCUGAAGAUGUUCAUCAGGUGUAUGGUGUACCAUUGGGAGGCGAAGAGAUUGUGGAGCCAGAAAAUGAAGACAUUGAUGAUAAUUAUGUAGAGUUCUUAGCAACAUGGAGGAAAAGUUUCAAACUGAAGAAGGGAAGCCCAACAAACUUGCCACUAAUUUCUAGAAUAAAGGACCUGAUGCUUGAACCAGUAUCCAAUGAGUUCAUUUGGAACUUCGUCAUUGCUGCAGUGAACUCCUGUAUGAGAUCAACCAACAACCCACAAGUAUACAUCAGAUUCAUGUACAGCUGUAUGAACACAAACACGAUUGCUAAUCUGGAUUGGAGCACGUUUGUGUACAGACAUUGGAAGAAAUCUGUUUGUGAAUGGAAAGCCGGAACUUCUUUCUAUACAGGACCUCUACCAUUCCUCUUGGUGUUGUACUUCGAUCGAUUACAAAGAGGAGGCCAACAAGUACCAAGACAAAUCCCACUUUUAACAGUGUGGAACAGAGAAAGAAUGACAAACAGAAUUGCCAUUGAAAAAGCAAGGGGAUUUGGUCAAGGUAUAGUGCUGAAUCGCAUAGGAGCUGAGCCAACUGUCCAAGAAAAUGCAAUGCCCGAAGCCGAAAUCCCAAAAAAAACAGAAGCAACAAAUAUGGCAGGAUCUUCUUCAAAUGCAAAAUCUGAAAUGAUGGAAUUUUUGGAAAAUUUUGGUACAUUGGCAAAGACGCUUGCUUCGAAUGUCAACGAGAUGUACAACAUGCUAGACAAAGCAAAUGAAAUGUUUAACGAGGCUGAUACAACAGACAAAAUGCAUAGCCUAGUUGAAAACAUUUGGAACAAGUACACCUCUAAGAAACAAAAGCUGAGCCAAAACAAAGAUGAAGAAGAGCCAAAAAACAAAACCCCAUCACUUAUAAGCCAAGAUCAGCAUCUGUUUGACGAGCCUGGUUUCAUGGAGGAGUUGGAUAAGUUAAUGGCAAAUGCAUGGAAUAUGUAUCAUGAGCAAAAGGCCAAUGAAAACAAGAAUCAAAGAACUCCAACUGAAGCACAGAUACAUGAAACAGUGGAUCAUCCAUAGUAUUUCA